UCCGCCAUUUCGUUUCGUGCCAUCAUUAUCGUUACUCAUCUCCUCCAAACUGAAACGAUUUUUACGGAAUUCCAGAAACUGUGAGACCGCUAACCACCACAGACCUACAGAGAUGGCGGAGUUCACACUUGUGCCACCCGUUGAACAGCAUCAAGCGGAACAAACUACGAACGAGACGCACAUCAAAGAGGAGACAGGAGACACUGGGUGGCAACAGGAUGAACAAGAGAACGUGCUGUACCAGGAAACGUACAACGAGAACCAGGAAAUCUACGACUACUUUGGCGCAACCCAACCAUACGUAAUUCGUCGCAACGACACUUGUAUCAGUUGGGAGCAGACAACAGGCACGAAACGGCAACAGGAAAUGCACGAUGUGAACUUUCCCCCACCUGACAACACAUCAACCUCACAGGUACAGGAGAGUAAAGGAGAUUUUGAAAGGCAUGCGUUCAAACAUACAGGUGAGAAACCCUACAUGUGUAGGGAGUGUGGGUACAGAACCGCAAAGAAGUUCAACUUCUCCCAGCAUAUAAGGAUCCACACGGGUGAAAGACCCUACAAGUGUGACCAGUGCGAAUAUUCUGCAACACAGAAACAGAAUUUAAAACAACAUCGUCUAUAUAAACACACAGCAGUCGAGAAAGGCCCUACAAGUGUGGCCAUUGUGACUAUUCUACUGCAGACAAAUCCACUUUGGACAAGCAUCUUAGAAAGCACACCGGUGAGAAACCCUACAUGUGUGGGGAAUGCGGGUUUAGGACAACACGGAAGUCUGUCUUAAAUGUACAUGCGAGAAUGCACACAGGAGAAAAACCCUACAAGUGUGACCAGUGUGACUUUUCUGCAGCAGCGAAAGGUAAUUUAGACCAACAUGUAGCGACACACACUGGUGAGAGACCCUACAUGUGUGGGGAGUGUGGGUACAGGGCAACUCAAAAGUCUACCUUAUCCGCGGCCGUACACAUGAGAACCCACACAGGAGUAAAGCCGUAUAACUGUCAUCUGUGCAACUACUCUGCUGCUAGGAAGUCUCAUCUCACGAUACAUAUAAC